AUGAAAAUUCUGCAGUAUCAAUUGCUGCUUAUGUCCCAAUUGAGUUACACAUAUCAAUUGCAAAUUUCGUGCACGAAUACCGAUCAGGUACAUGAAAAAUCGAUCUUCUUAUGGUCAAUUGAACGUAAUAAUAUUGUUGAAGGUUAUAUGUUUGGAACAAUUCAUGUACCAUUUACCGAAGUUUGGGAACAAGUAUCGGAGAAAGUAAAAACAGCAUUUUCACGAUCCGAUUCUGUCGUUUUUGAAUUGGAUCUUUAUAAUGCAAAUACAAUCGAACGAUUAUCGAAAUGUAAAAAUAUUCCGGGUGGUGGUACAGUGAAGGAUUAUUUAUCGCCCAAAUUGUAUCGAAGGCUGGAACAUUAUAUGAGAAUAUAUCGGAAACGAUUAGAAAGACAAUAUAAUCAGAAAGAAAAUUUACAAAGCAAAUCAAAAAUCAGAAAUCGUCCUCGACAAAUGUUUGAAAAUAUUAUUGAAGGAUGGGAACGACGACGACCAGUUUGGUUAUUAUUCAUGUUAUAUCAAUUAAGUGAAAAUUAUCUCUACCGGGAACAUAUACCAAUGCUUGAUCUAUUCCUCGCUCAAUAUGCUCUUGAACUUAACAAAAAACUUUAUUCGAUUGAAACUGCUACAGAGCAAUGUAAUCCACUUCGUUCAGUACGUAUGGAUCAGUUGUUAUUUGCAAUCAAUUAUACGCUAUCAUAUUUGGAAUUUGAACAUAAUUUAACAAUAACUGGAAUGCAAUCAAAUAGCAGUGGUAUUGUUAAUUUAAUUAAUAGUUACAAAUGUGGCUCAUUGGAUGAAUCAUUAUUUAGUAGUGAUUCAAAACGAUUCAUUAAACAAGGAUUCAGUAUAUCUAUCGAGCUUGAUAGAAAAGCUCAAGAAAUUGAUGAACAACUACGUGAAGAUAUCAUCGAAUGGCGAAAUAUUAGAAUGGCUGAUCGUAUUUCCAAAUUAUUACAAUGGAAAGUGGGCAAUCAAUAUUUCUUCGCUUUAGGAGCUGGUCAUUUCUUGGGUCGCAAGUCGAUCUUGGCGCUUUUGGGAUCACACGGGUUCAUUACAAAGGCUGUUACGGAAAAUGAUGAGAUUAGUUUUCGGGAGCAUGAAAACGACAGGCAAGUCUACGUAUUCAACGAGUUAUGGGUGCGUGACGACGAUAUAAAAACUGAUCCUGCAAUUGACAUCAUGCUCACAGUAGCCGAAUUACCCAACAGAAGUUCAGGUGGAUCUCAAAUCAUUUUCAUCGUGAUGAUUACAAUUUCACUCAUCACAUCAUGA